UCCGGUGCUGCUGUGUCGCGGGCUGCAGAAGGCGGGUGUGCGUCGCCAUGGCCGUGGCUCUGAGCUUCCUGCUGGGCGGCUGUGUCCGCGCCGCUGUCGCUCGCUGCGGCUUCGCGACCCAGGGGGUGGCGGGCCCAGGUCCUGUCGGCCGCGAGCCGGACCCCGAUUCCGACUGGGAGCCGGAGGAGCGGGAGCUGCAGGAGGUGGAGAGUACCCUGAAACGACAGAGAAAAGCAAUCCGGUUCCAGAAAAUUCGGAGGCAAAUGGAGGCGCCCGGUGCCCCGCCCAGAACCCUGACGCGGGAGGCCAUGGAGCAGAUCCGGUAUUUACAUAAGGAAUUUGCAGAGUCCUGGUCAGUUCCCAGGUUGGCAGAAGGUUUUGAUGUCAGCACUGAUGUUAUCCGAAGGGUUUUGAAAAGUAAAUUUGUACCCACUCUGGAGCAGAAACUGAAGCAGGAUCAAAAAGUCCUUAAGAAAACUGGGCUUGCCCACCGGGUCUGGCAGCUCCAGGGUUCUGGAGAUAGCCCAAAGCCACUCACUGCAGGCCACUCUGUGUCAGGUUCAUUGCUGGUGUCAGGGAAUGAAGCUUCAUCCAAAAGUCAGAGUCACAGCGCAGCUUUGAAAAUGAUAGGGUCAAGCCCUCACAGUACAAAUACACCAAGGAGACAGAAUGGAAGGAAUAAAAGAAUCCAAGGCCUGGAGGAGAACUUGGCGCCUCUUACUGCAACCUUGGGUCAUCAGAGAGAGCUGCACAAAUACCCCACCAGUGAUUGUGAGAGCACCAGAGGAACUGACAGGGAUGGAUUACCAAGUGAUGAGAAGCUGGAAGAGUUGAAGGCAGGGGAGCCAGGUGACCAGAACUUCAGCAGCAAAGUAGUCCAGCGGGGACGGGAAUUCUUUGACAGCAAUGGGAACUUCCUGUACAGAAUUUGAGCCAAGGCCUGCCUGUGAGGAUGCUAUGUGAAACAGCUGGCAAAUGAAUCUGGAGCUGCCAGGCUUCCUGCAUGUGAUAGGAAGGAAUGGUGAGCCCUGCGUGGGCAGAAAGAGCUGCUGAUGAUUCAAGCUUCCUGGUGCUCUGCUCCUGGUCUGGUCUUUAUGACUCGUCAGUACUCAUUUACCUUGUUGCUUGGGCUUUCUGCAUGUUGAAAACCAAUGUUAGAUGUGUUAAGAAUUUCUGUGAUAUUUGCGUUAAUAUGUUUGGGAGGAAAUGAAAAGUUUGCCUUCUGACCUCAUUUCCUUUUUAAUCACUGAACACUAAGAGUUCUGGAACUGCUUAGUCAAUUGGUUGUUUUCUUUAAGUGCAGAAAUAAAGUAAAUGUAGCAGUC